AUGAUCCCACCACAAUUACCACCGUUAAACAAUCAUUAUCAACAACAACAACAACAACAAUUUUCUUCAUCUUCUCAAUUAUCAACAAUGUUAUCAUCAUCUGCAUCAUCAUCAAUAUCAUCUUCUAAUCCAUCAAUUCCACAUCCACUCCCUCCAGUCCCAAGUUCGUCAUCAUCAUCACCAUCACCAUCAGUAUUAUCACCUCCACCUCCUCAACAACAAUUAUUAACAUCUUCGAUAACAUCAUCAUCAUCACCUUCAAUAUCAUCAAUAACACCAUCAACAAAAUCAUCAUUAAUAUUUAAUGAUGAUAAUAAAAUAUCAUUUCCAGUUUUACCACCUCCGCCAGCACUUGAUAUUAAUUUCAAUACAACAACUUUUGAUUCCAUGUCAAGUUAUGAUAGAAAUAUGUGUAAAGCAUUUGAUGUUACAGUGAAUUAUAAAUAA